CGUGUGCCUUUACCCAUGACAAGAGUUCGGAAUCCUUUUUGACUCCAAGGGAAACAAAUUUGCUAAACUUUACCUAUCAGGUGGAAAUAUGUCAGAGCCCACCAAGCAAGAUAUUUCUACCAUUUUCAAACGACUACGUUCCCUUUCUACGAAUAAGGCGUGCUUUGACUGUUCAGCUAAGAAUCCUAGUUGGGCCAGUAUCACCUAUGGAGUGUUUCUCUGUAUAGACUGCUCAGGAACACACAGGUCAUUAGGAGUGCACCUGUCAUUCAUCAGGUCUACUGAGCUGGACUCUAACUGGUCCUGGUACCAGGUGCGAUGCAUGCAGGUGGGCGGCAACGCCAGCGCGAAUGCCUUCUUUGCCCAGCAAGGCUGCACGUCCAACGCCGCCAACACCAAGUACAACAGCCGAGCCGCUGCGCUAUACCGCGAGAAGAUCAAGAUCUCGGCCACGCAGGCCACAAGGCGCUUCGGCACUGAGUUGUGGCUGGACAGCCAGGCCCCCCUCUCUCCAACAUCUCCCGUCAAUAAGGAGGAGGAUUUCUUCAGUAUGCACACACAGCAGGCAUUCCCUGAUGAUCAUAGCUCCGCCCAGCCUAAUAUAACAAGCUCAGCCCAGAUGAAUCUAAGCCCCACCCCAGUAGAGGAACCAUCUACAAAAGAAACCGAGAGAGACAAAAAUGGUAAUACAGAGGGUCCCAGUGUUGACGUGCUAAGUGUGUCUCCUAAAGAAGCCUUAGAGUCCUCCUCUCUUCUCAAGAAGAAACCAGCAGGGGCCAAGAAAACCUUGGGCGCUAAGAAAGGUGGUCUUGGGGGUAAGAAGGUGAGCAAACAGAGUUUCUGUGACCUGGAGAAGAAAGCACAGGCGGUCGACAAAAUCAAUGAGAGAGAUACAGCACCCACCACCACCAAGAACCGCCCCCAACCAGCAGGGGAAUCCAUUGGUGCCUCCAUGAGACUGGCCUAUAAGGAUCUGGAGGAGCAGCAGAGGAGUAACAGAGAGAAGAUGAAGGGGAUGGGAGAGAAGAAGAAGGAACAGGCUGAGAGACUGGGCAUGGGCUUUGGCAGCAGGAGUGGAGUGUCUCACUCUGUGCUGUCAGACAUGCACACCAUCCAGCAGGAGAGCCCAGUGGGGUCCAAGCAGCCCACUAAGAGCCGGAGGUACACAGAGAAGGAGGAAGAGGAGACCGACGAAGGCUCCUUUACAUCCAGGAUGUCGAUGACCAGUUCAAUGACCAAGUUUGAUGACCCGACCGAAUCCUCUGACAAGUUCUUCUCCAAUUGGAGUGAGACUGGGGAGUCUGGCUGGAGGAAUGAGAGCAAGGAGCCAGACUUCUACCUGAGCACCAAGAGUUCCUCACAGGACGACAGGACUGCAGCCCGGCGGAAAGCAGACCCAGUCCCUGUAUCGGACUCAGGUGAAGCCCGCAAGAAGUUUGGAGAUGUCAAGGCCAUCUCCUCUGACAUGUACUUUGGCAAGCAGGACGACUCUGAGUACGAGGCGAAGACUCGCCUGGAGAGGUUCUCUGGGAGCAACUCCAUCAGCUCAGCUGACCUGUUUGAUGACCCAAAGAAACAGACUGCCAGCUCAUAUCGUCUGACCAACAUCCUGCCCAGUGCUCCAGACAUGUCCCAGCUGAAGCUGGGGGUCCGCUCUGCGGCCGGGAGGCUGUCGGUCAUGGCCAGUGGAGUAGUCACAUCCAUUCAGGACCACUACAGUACGUGAGUCCUGUGUUAGGACACACACAAUCUCUUAGGUCCCCUGGGUAUUGGAGUCGAUAAACAUCCUGACGAGCGAUGGACACGUACCAAGUUCAGCCAUGCAGGAGAGGGAGAAAGAUGGGCGGAGAGAGAGAAUUAGCAACAUUGUGUAGGCCAGAACAUAGGCUAUAGCUAUAUAUAUAUAUAUAUAUAUAUAUAUAUGUGUGUGUCUGUGUGUGUGUGUGUGUGUGUGUGUGUGUGUGUGUAUAUAGCAGCUAUUUGAAUAAAAACGACAUUAUCUACAUUGGAGUUAUGUCGAAACAACGUCCUCUAUGAGGUAGAUGUAUGAAGAAAAUGCUUUUCAUUUCAUUACGAAGAACACUUAUUUCCGCAGCUUAUUUCAUUUGUCUCCAGGCCUUUUGGUUUUGAUAUUAAAAUAUGUUUAUAUCAGUGGUAUCCAAAAUAAUGUUUUUGUUAUUAUACAUUAUGGUAUGGACUUAGGUUUUGUGUUCCUUUUCUGCUGUGCAAUUGUUAUUGAAUCAUAUUCCAUCUUGGUCACCUUGGUUUUUAUGUAGCUAUUUGCAAUGAAGGUAUGUUCUGGUAGCGUGAGAGCUUGUCUUUUUCGACAUGCAGUAUGUAAAUCAUUUAGUUAAUUAAUCUGAUGGGUAUUGUUUUAAUUACCUGCCAAAUGCAGAGAGAUGUUGCCAUGUAGGAUACAUGUCUUCAAUUUUAGGGUGCCAUCAAACCAAAAUGCCUGCAACGUGUUUUGCGUGUGCCGAUUCAGGGUUGUCCACUGAAUGUGUGUUUGGGGGCAGGGUAUGGUGAAGUGGAGAAACAUUGUUAGGUUUUACAUUGGUUGACAGACCCCUAGUCAGGAUGGGGUGCAACAAAAUGUCCCCAUCUCAUCUGUUGGACAUGGUAGUGUAAAUCUGCCAUUUCAUUCACUUGUAUCCUGUACACUGCUCUCUGAAAAAAGCUGUCUGCUGUGGUUUUGAAGCAUUGGUUGCAUUGGUUUGAAAGUGCCCUUAAGCUUAGAAGUGUACUUACAUCUGUCACUCACUUAGGUCACUUGACUGAAGGACCAAAUGCUCACAGGGAUUUCUUUGUGUUGUCAUUGUGUAAUAUAUAAUGUUGUGUGUGUGUAGACACACUAUGGUAGGAUACGGUCCUAUUCAGUGUAGCGUGAUCUGGUCUGCCUCUCAGCAGCCAAACAUAUUCUCCAUAUUACUCUUGGCUAUCAGUUAAGAUGAAUGAAAGGAGUAGUAUCUUAAUGUACUGUCCCAAUACUCUCAAAGGCUGCGUUUAGACAUUCAGCGCAAUUCUGAUCUUUCUUUUUUUCCUUCACUAAUUGGUCUUUAGGCCAAUCAAAUCAGCUCUGAAAAAGAUCUAAUGUGAAAAGAUCUGUGUAAAAAAAGAUCUGAAUUGGGCUGCCUGUCUAAACGCAGCCAAAUAACCUGUUCUAUUUUCUGUGACUACAUUCCUCUAUGAGAGGAACACAGGACACCCAUCCAAUAAUGUCACCCUUCUGUGGCUAUGAAGGAAAGGAGACGUGGCCCUCUGUGAUCAAGGACCCAUUGGCUGCCCUUGCAAGGGCCUGACUCAUGUCAACAACAGUUGCACUAUGUUUUUAGUGAAGGGUAACCUCUGACCCUUUGCUGAGCAGAUUCAUUGUAAAUUACCUCUGAACUUUUUUACACACUGGGUAUAUGUGGGUUAUAUUCUGGGGGUUUAUGUAUGGUGUGGUUUUGUUCUUUUGAGUUGAUUGGCUAGAAGUCUAACUGGAUGUUGCUGGAGGUAUUUGUGGCUACCUAGUACCACCUACCUAACUCCUUGACCAUUUUAUGCACCAUAUUUUUCUCAUUGAUCCUUACAAAUUCCAACUCUGAGUUGAGAUUUAACACUGAAGUCAAAUAUAUUUAAUUAAGAUGUAACGUUACCCAUUUGAAUCUGGAUUUUGUAUAGCGUGUAAUUCAGUGACCAACCAGGGCUUUUGUUCAAUCUCUUACUAUGUAAUCCAAAGAAUUAGGAUACAUGUGCAUAUGCCUUAACAAUGUAAAUUAUGGGAAGAUCUAGUUACUUUUUGUGUAUUUUUAUUAGAACCUGCAAGUAAAAAAAAAAAAAAAUGUUGCUUGAAAGUACAUUGAUAGUAUAGCACCUGAAGCUUUGCAUCUGAUUUCAAAUCUCUUUGUUUACCAACAAAUACAUCUAUGGACAUGAGCUCUUUAGAAAUCCAUCCAUCCAUCAAUUUGUGUAGUCAAGGUGUGUAUCAUUUUUAGCUGCUGUGUAUAAUAAACUUUGCUUUAGAAUAAAAAUAUAUACUGGA